CAGCUCAAAGCUAACCAAACCAACCCCACACGCACAGAAAAUAAAAAGACAAGUGUGUUGGGUUUUUCUCUCUCUAACUAGCAAGACUUUCUCUCUCUAGUUCUUGAUUAUUAUUAUUCCGGUGAAAUUAUGGGUAGUAGCUUUUUUGGGAGACCAAAGAUGGGUGGAUCUUCAUCGUCUUCACCAACAUCUUCUUCUUCUACCCCUGCAAAGAGAGGGAAGAACAAGAACGGUUCUGACAAGCCUAAGCAGCCACAGAGAGGUCUCGGCGUGGCGCAGUUAGAGAAGAUUAGAUUGCACGGCGAGUUUAACUGCAACAGCUUCAAUACUUACCCUUCUUAUCAUCCCUCAUCUUUCAACCACCAGGACGAUGUGAGGAUGCAAGGAGGAUAUCCAUCCAUACCAACUUCAUCACCAUCCUUUACAUAUGCAUCAUCAUCACCAUCAUCGACUCCUUACGGCUAUCACCCAAACAUGAUGAUGAAUGCAAAUAAUGAUCAAUACGAGAGAACAACCAUAAGAUCAUACGGAGAUUCUCAGCCUCACGUAGCACCGAGUUGGAACCCGAGCUAUGGCAUCUUGGAGAGCCAACAUUUUGUGGAACCAAACACAACCAGACACUUCUUAAACGAGGAUCCGAGAAAUAAAUCGUUGGGAUCGGGUAUUCAGAACUAUGAAACGAGUGAAGCAAAUGAGCCUGAUUUGGAGUUGAGAUUGUCACUUUAAUUAAUGUCUAUGAACUCAUAUUAUUGAAAGGCCAUGGAUUUGUUAUUAUACAUUGACAGCAUAUUAGAGAAAUAAUAUAUCUAUAGGUGAUCAUUUGAUUUGA